AUGGAUGGAUCGAACCAGCCCCCAUCUUGGGGCCUCAUGCCUCACCCUACCGACACGCUCGAGGACCAACUUAACGAGAUGAUGAUCGACUACGCUGCGGCGAACAACAUCAUUCUUUCUCCAACUGGCCCAGUUGAAGCUCCCUACUACACCACCACGCGCUCCCCAGCCUCCGAGCGCAGCCCUAGCCCCGACUUCGACCCAAGCAGCCUCUUCCUCCCCGACCUCGCCACGCCCGCGCUCCCCGAGUUCCCCUACCAGCAGAACGAGCAGCACGCGCUCCCCGUCCCCCAGCAGCCGAUCUUCAACGGCCUGACCGACGGCCAAGUCUAUCAUCUCUCCGUCGCAGAGGUCGCCAACCCCGCCACUGCGCCCGCACUGCCCGACUGGACCCCUUACACCAACAUGUUCCAGCGCUACCCCGACCUCCAGCCCACCGAGGACACGCGCGGCGGCCACCCGACGCACGCACACGGCCACGAGACUGGCGAAUCCGCCCCCAACACCACCACGCAGGCUGGUGGCAGCGACGCCAACUCUCACCCCCGCUCGGCGUACCAGGAGUCCGCCUUCCGCAACAUGCCCCCGCAGGUCAACGGUGUCGUGUACGAGUAUGCGCACGGCUCGUUCGCCCCCCAGGCUCCUACCAUCACUGCCCCGGCGGUUGCCGCCGCGCCUGCUCCAGCCCCUGCCCCUGCCCCUGCCCGUGCUCCCUCCCCCACUGUGGCACAGCCUCCAGUCCGCCAUGCGCUGCCCCCCUCCCCGCAGGCGAUCAACCACAACCACUACACGUACACCCAGGCUAACAACAGUUCGUAUCUCCAUCUCCGCGUUACCGACCCGAGCUCGAACUCGAACUCGGUCUACGCUCGCCGCACUGCAUACUCAUACGCUACCUUAGACUUCCCCCAGCCGCGUGCUGCCGCUGGCGCUGGCGCCGCGGCGCCCUACCAGCCCGCGCCAGCCGUGCGCGCCAUGCCUGCCCAGCCUGUGGCCUACCGCCCCGCGCCGACGGUCGGGCCGGCCAUGCCUGUCCAGCAGCAGCAGGCGGCCUACCACCCCGCGCCGGAGGCAGUCCAGCCCCAGCCUCAGCCCGUGGCCUACAACUACGGCCCGGCCGGCGGCCAGGGCUACCUCCCGCCCGACCUCCUGCGCAACCAGCCGCGUGUCCCCGCGCUCGGCGAGGCCGGCGGGUCCAACUACGCCGAGCGCUACGGCCCCGCUGGGGCUGCCCCGGCCCUCGGCGCCCCCGCGCCCAUCCGCCCCAACCAGACGUUUAACCCGCUCGCCGACGACGACGACGCCUACUACCCCGACGCGUACCGCUUCGACGACGCCUCGUCGGCCGGCUCGUCUUCGACCCCGCGCCCCCGCGGCCGCCCGCCCCGUGCCCGCAAGGACGGCGACCCCGAGGACUACUCCGCAUGGGUGGACCACGGGGCGGUGCCCCCUCCGCCGAUCGCCCAGAACGGCCCCCCACACAAGCUCAACCACGUGUGCUUCAACUGCGGCUAUGUCGGCGUGUCGACGUGGCGCCGCUCGCUGCGCUACCUCGGCAAGAUGGUGUGCAACCGCUGCGGAUGCUUCGAGAAGGAGAAGGGCGUCGACCGCCACUGGCACAAGGUCAAGGACGCGUUCCCGUACACGCACGCUGCUGAGCGCCGCCGCCGGCGCGACACGGGCGUCGAGCUCCCCGACGGCACCCCGGAGCCCAAGUGGGUCCGUCCGGUCACGGCGGGGCCCGCAGGCAGCGCGCGUACGAGCGCGCGCGCGAGCGCGAGUGCGAGUGCGAGCUCGGCGUCGCCAGCUCGCCGUUCGACCCGUUCGACCCCGUCCGCCCGCGAGUCGCCGCUCCCCACCACCCCCGGCGCGGGUCCCUCCACCCCCGGCGGCGGGCCGGUACGCCACACGCGCCAGCAGCGCUCGGUCUCGCCGUACGCCGCGCCGCCUGCGCCGCCUGCCACGCCCGGCACGAAGCGCAGCCCCGGCCGCCCGCGCAAGAACUGA